CUGGACUAAAGGUGAUCUGAAUGAAUGGAAACCGCUUUUCGUGGGUGAAACGGAGCAGAGGGAACAGCCCAGACAAAGCAAGCGAGAAACUUUCACGCCGACAAUCGCCGGCCCCGUCCCGCCGAGCAUGGAUUUACGGAGGACAGCGGCGGCGAAGUAGAUUCAACACCUUUUCCGAGGACAUGAAAGCGAGAUUGGAGUGAAUUUAAAGUCCCGCUGCCGCUGAACGGACGAGCUUAUUUGGGCUCCGCGGGUCGAUGAUGAAGCUUUACGAUGCAACAGGAGUCGUAUCUGACCGCUGGUGACCCCUCCGCCAGCUGUUCUAGUGUGGAUUUCUACCUCAACGCAGAGGACGCAGAGUAAAGCAGACGGCAUGGUACCCAACAAGUGGAUUAUGCAUCCAGUUCUUCACAAAUCGCCUCCAAGAAGCUGGCUUGGCAUCAGACUACGUCACAAUGAGAAGCCGGCUCAGGACGAGGAGUGUGUGCUUUGCCAGCAUCCAGACUAGCGGCGCCGUCACGCCUCAAAGGUGUGUCAUCAUCCCGACUGUCAGGAACUGAACGGUAAAAGCCCCCUGCACCUGUGCGAGUCAUGUGAUUCUCGCUGUCACCUGGAUGAGUCUGACAGCAUGCACUUUGACAGACAUCUCCGCUUCGACGUACAGCCACAAGGUUCUAUUCUGGCGCGAAAUGUGUCCACUCGUUCCUGUCCUCCUCGCACGAGCCCCCCUUCAGACCUGGAUGAAGACGAAGAAGCAAGCACUGAACGAGGAGAACGAAAAACAGGAGGAAUGAAACUGAAAAGCAGAGAAGGAAAAAAGCCCCGUCGACGCCACACUGAUGACCCCAGGAAGGAAUGCUUCAGCCUCAAGUUUGACCUCAACAUAGACAUCGACACAGAGAUCGUCCCCGCUGUCAAAAAGAAGACGUUACGAGAGGUGCUCGGACCCAUUUUCGAGCGCAAAGGCAUUGAAUUGUCUCGAGUGGAUCUGUUCCUGGACCAGUCCAACACUCCACUCUCACUCCACUUUGAGGCGUAUCGUUUCGGAGGACAUUACCUCAAAGUGAAAGCUCGCCCCGGCGACGAGCUGAAGGUUGAGCAGAGUGUGAAGGAUCUGCGCUCUCUCAGUCUACCCAACAUGAAGCCGUCAGGAGGGGGCAGCGUCUACAUCCUCACACCGGGCAGUGAGAGGGCCGAGCACGGGUCCCUGCCGCGCCGGGAGAGCGUUGAUAUACUGGGUCAGUCCCGUCGGCGGAAGAACAUGACGGAGUUUCUGGGCGAUGCCAACAUCCCAUCCCCGGACACUCUGGCCAUGCUAGGAGGGACUUUACCGAGCGUGCCUCCAGGAGGUUUGCUCCCCGGUGUCGCCGCCGGACCGGACAACUGGAAGAACCGUGCCACAAAUCGCAUCAGCGUGUUCUUCGGGGCCGGAUCUGGAAAGGAGGUGGACCGCGUGGAGCUGCUUCACACUAAGCUGCAGGCGUACACACAGUUCGGUCUGCCCAAGGUUCCUUCUCAGCUUGCCUUCCACCAGGAUUCCUGGGAGGAGGAAGAGGAGGAGCCCAACCUGACACUCGAGGACAGCUGGAGGCAACUGCUGGAGGACCCCGAGAGUCUAAGUCGACGUCAGUUUCAGCAGCAGGAGGCGAUCUGGGAGCUCAUCCAAACCGAGGCUACCUACAUCAAGAAACUCAGGGUCAUCACUGAUCUUUUCUUGUGUGGCCUGCUGAACCUUCAGGACAACAGUCUCCUGCUGGAGGUGGAGCCCGCUCGGCUCUUCAGCAGCGUCCACGACAUUGUACAUCUGCACUCCACGCUGUGGGUUCAAGUCAUGUUUCCGGUGCUGGAAAAAGCUCGGAGCACACGGAGCUUGAUCGACCCGGCGGACCUGGAGCAGGGAUUCAGUACGUUUGCAUCCAGGUUCCAGCCGUACAUGCGGUACUGUAUGGAGGAGGAGAGCUGUAUGGAAUACAUGCGUUCGCUGCUUAGAGACAACGAGCUCUUCAAGAUCUACAUCACGUGGGCAGAAACGAACAAACAGUGUAACCGUCUGAAGCUAGCGGACAUGCUAGCCAAACCGCACCAGAGACUAACCAAGUACCCUCUGCUCCUGAAGACCAUCCUGAAGAAAACCGAUGACCAAACCUCUAAAGAAGCGCUCAACAACAUGGUGGCAUGUGUGGAGAGCUUCAUUAACAGUGUAGACUCUCAGAUGCGUCAGAAGCAGGAGCAGCAGAAACUGGCCGCCAUUUCGGCUCGAGUGGAGUCCUACGAGGCUGUGGAGGGAGCUAGCGAGGAGGUGGAGAGGGCUCUGAAGGAGUUCAACCGAAUCGACCUGACCGCGCCGAUGAUUGGCACUUCACCAGAAGCAACCAGGCAACUGCACCUGGAGGGGGCGCUCCGCAUGAAAGAGGGCAAAGACAGCAGGAUGGAUGUUUACUGCUUCCUUUUCACUGAUCUGCUGCUGAUCACCAAACCGGUGAAGCGUUUGGAGAAGGUGAAAGUGAUCCGACAGCCUCUCCUCCUGCAUAAUGUGGUGUGCAGAGAACUCAAAGACACAGGCUCGUUUGUCCUCAUCUACCUCAAUGAGUUCAAGAGCGCUGUGGCUGCCUACUCUUUCCAGGCCAACAGCACCACCCAGGGGAGAAGUUGGACUGAUGCGAUUUGCAAUGUGCAGAAUCAACUGCAGCGGCUGCGGACUGAGGAAGCUCGCAGACAGAAGGCUUGUCUGAAGAAAAGACUUCAGGAAGACCAGGAGGAAGACGAGGACAGCUGUAACUCCACAGCUAGUUCACCUCAGUUUAGACAUAAAGAUCAGAGCAACAGCCAAUCAGAUGGCUCCACAGAAACCCUGUCAGUGAUGGAUAUGGAUGAGUCUGGAUCGUCUUUGGAUCCUUCUGCUCUUCAGCCUGACCUAGGUGGUCAUUCGGACCAGGAUGCCGGUCUGUCCCAACACGUCCCCCAGCGGGCCUUUGAGCCCCAUCCGGACAGUCAGGAGGGCUCAGACCCGGACCCACAGUGCCGUUCCAUGUCCAUGGACAGCGCUUACGGGACCCUCUCUCCAGAGUCCAUGGUGGAAACCCAGAGUCGAGUGGCCCCGGUAGAGGAAGAUGACUCCGAGGACGACAAGGAGACGACGGCCGACGAGGGAGAUGACGACGAGCAAGUAAAUGCAGAGGAAGACGAUGAUGAGGAAGACAAAAGUUUAUUCGGAUCUCAGAACUCAGUGGCUCUUUCUGUAAAGCCCAGGCGCCGGCCGCCCGUCCAGUGUCGCCUUCCGUUUUUAGAGAGACUCGCCGUCAAAUCCCGCUCCGAGGACAACCUGCUGUCCACCGUUAACCAUGAAAACGGCAAUCACGGUGUGGUCCGGGCAGCCACGGAGCGCACAGGAAGUCGGCACACGUGGGAGCAGAGGAUUAAACAUUUAGAAGCGCCGCUCAGCAGGAGCCUGACGGAGCUCAAACCUGCAGAAUCGGACGAGUGUAUCCGGACGGAUGCAGAGACGGAAGAAAGCCGCAGUCUCACGUGCAGCUUGCCCUCGGGCAUGCUUUUGGACACAUUGAGACGGGCCAAAAUUGCACACGAGGCUGGUAGCAACCUGAUUCCCUGCAGCGCGUCGGACGGGGAGCUCUCGCCCCCUGGUGGCCUGGAGAGAACUGGCCGAUGUAACAGACCCCAGCAGCACAAAAAACUCACACUGGCCCAACUCUACAGGAUACGCACCACACUGGUGCUCAACUCCACCCUCACAGCCUCGUAA